CAACAUUCAUGACCCUCUACAAAGGCAUUGCUGUAAUUACAACUCACACUAAAAGCUCCCAUCAAACUGCAGCUACCUCAAAAUCAUCCACAGAUGCAGACUGGAUAAAGGGCUCCCUUGUCCUUAUUGUUGCAUAUAGUUCAUUAGCAGCAUUCUAUAUCUUACAGACAUCAACAAUCAAAAUGUAUCCAGCACCAAUCACUCUUACAUCACUGACCUGCUUAUCUGGGACACUGCUCUCAACAAUCAUGGCAGCAAUUCCAGAUCACAAAGCCUCUUCUUGGAAGUUAUCAUGGAACACAAUUCUUGCUCCUAUGUAUAGCGUAAGAAAUCGGUCACACGUACUAUCUCAUGCCUAUGAUUUACUGUCUAUGAAAAUUAUUUUGAUGAGGUACAAUGUUUGCAGGGAAUUGUGAUUAUUGGAAUCU